UUCGUUACAUCAGAGACCCUCUCCGUGCCACAUCACACAUUGUCUUGUAGACCUGGGGUUGUGGCUUAUACGACCGACGAAUAACUUAACACGGACAAUACCUACCGGGAGCAGAUCCGCUUCGACUGCAGCAACGAUUCUUCACAGCCACGUUACCCAUCUGCAAGCUUCAAUUCAAUUUACGGUUCCCAAUCCAGCCACCCAGACCACCCCUUCUGGCUGGGCUUGGCGCCAUUCCAAAGGAGUUGUGUGUGGUAGCAGUGCGUCUAUACGGCGGGAGAGAAAAGCUACGCUAUUAGUUUAGCCCCAAGUCAGAAUGUCGCUACUUCAGAUUCCCUAUCGGGAAGCCCGUGAUGGCUUCUGGGGAGAGCAAACAUCAACCUUGAACUGGUGUGAAGAGGAUUAUAACAUCACAUACUAUUGUGCCGAGCUGGUCAACACAUUAACCAACUUGAUGUUCAUGUGGCUUGGAGUCAAGGGAAUACGAAAUGUCCUUGAGUUCAAGCACUCGCCUAUCUUUCUCCUGGCCUAUGUUGGCUACAUGGUGGUCGGCCUGGGCUCUAUGGCGUUCCAUGCAACUCUUAAGUACGAGAUGCAACUGGCCGAUGAGCUGCCCAUGAUUUAUACCGUCUUUAUCAUGUGCUAUGCCACAUUCUCCUACAAGAGAUCCCCGAGGACUCAACUUUUGAUUGCCUCGAUCAUGAUUGGACUUGGUAUCUUUAUCACUGUCUACUACCUUUAUGCGAAAAACCCAGUGUUCCAUCAAGUGGCUUUUGCUCUUAUCACUGCCACCACCGUUUUCCGCGGCUUCUAUGUUAUGGAGUAUCAGUUGAGGCCGCAGCUUAGGGAGAGAAAUCCUAUCGUCUGCAGCCGGAUCAUGCGCGAGAUGUGGACGUUGGCAUUGGUUUCCAUCAUUACUUUUGUUGGCGGUUUCUUCAUCUGGAAUAUGGACAACAUCUUCUGCAGACACCUCACCACCGCGAAGAACCAGCUGCAACUCCCAUGGUCCAUUGUGCUCGAAGGUCAUGGCUGGUGGCAUAUCCUUACUGGCCUUGGUGCAUACGAAAUGAUUCUCUGGCGCAUCUGGCUGGUUCGUUGCCUCGGCGGCGAUGAAGAGAAGUUCAUGCUUGACUGGCGGCCUUGGAGUUCUAUUCCCAAGGUUGUUCCCAGGACUUAUAAGGGGGCAACCAAAAGCAGCUGAAUAUACCCAAAAGAGGACGGGUGUACUCAACUAAUAGACUAAAGGCCGACUCGAGAGGAUGUGCCGAUGGAAGUUUCGCUAUCUUGUUUGUAGGAUGAUGCUACUGGCAUGGAGGCGGAACCCUCCUGGUGAACCGAUGACGGUCACCU